AAAAUCAAAGAAAAAACAAGAAGAGCAAAAUGAGGCAUUUCUAUUUUCUCCCCAUCGCAAUUUUCAUGCUUUUAUCCUCUCUAACUCCUACAACAAACAGUUACUUCAUGAUGAAACAGCAAGAGGAUGUAAUAAACUCAACCUGCCAACAAUGUGCUGAUGUAUCCACCGUAUUCGACUACGACCUUUGUGUAACUUCUCUUCAAGCAGUUCCUAUAAGUCACCAUGUAAAUCUUCCUGGGCUGGCAAUUGUUGCAAUGGAGCUGGAUCUGGCAAAUGCUACCAGCACGGUGAGAACCAUAGAGAAGUUGAUUGCUAGCAAGGAAUUCGAUCCAUUUGUUGUUGAUUGUCUGAGGGAUUGCUUGGAACAUUAUGCAAAUGCGGUCUCCAAGGUGGUACUGGCAAUUGGUGCUUUUCUGUCAGACCAUUAUGGUGCUGCUAAUAUGUUCUUGAGUGCAGUUGUGGAAGAAUCAAUGUCUUGUGAAGCAGAGUUCAGACAGAAGAAGGGAGAACCGACUCCAUUAGUGAAGGAAAAUUAUUACAUGUUUGAAAUAAGUAUUAUAGGUCUAUGCAUUAUUAAUCUAGUGACUAUGGAUCCUUCUCUGUCCUUCUGAACCGGGAAUAAGAAAGCAAGUGAUCAAUAUCGAAAUCUAUAGGAAGGUAGCAGGCAAUAAUAACUCUCUUGUAUUUGUUGAUAGGGAUGAUGGCCUAGGGAUUGAGGAUGAUUGUUGUAAUCUCCAGCUUAGACAGCUAAUUUUCAGUUCUUCUUGUUAUGUUGCGUAUAUUCUUGAAUGCUUUAUCUACUGAUGUCUAUGGAUGUCAAUGCAGAAAUUGUUCAACC